GUUCUAGGAACAGUUGGUGCGAUACGUUGCUUGAGGGUGGGUGUACGUGGCUUGCUAGCCUUCAUGCCUCUAUCCUCGAUGUUUGAUUUGUAGUGAGAGUGCGAAGUCUAGUAUUGUUAGGGGGGGGGAUAAGUGUCAUUAUGGUAUGUGUGAGAAGGCACAGGUGCAUGUAUGAUGAUAGAUAAAUAAUAACAGCCAGUGUUUUAAAGUAGUACUACUAUCAUCUUGAAACAGACGUGUCUAGCGGGCCUAUUUAACACAGGAGACGCCCCUCUCACCCAAGUGCCUUAAAUCUCUCACCCACGCACGCCUAUUGUUGAGCCUGCGGUGCCAGUAGCUUUGUUGUAGGCCUGUGAGAGCACAGACCAAGGCUCUAUGUUGACGACGAUGGUGGCUGGGCCAGGACCGACCUAUUACAUGGACGGGACCUCUCACGCCCACGCCGUUGACAUGAUGCACCAGCAGCAGCUUGUGUCUGGUGGGGGCGGCGGGGUGCCUCCACGGGCCACACAGCCAUCACAGCAGCCACAGCAGACCACCAACGGGGCCAGCAGCAGCAACAGCAGUAGCCCCUCAGCUAACGGCACUCAGAGCAACAGCAGUGCAAACAGUGUGGACGGGGGCGGACACCAACAGCAGCAACACCACCACCAUCACCAGCAGUACACGCCCCCACCCAUGGCCCAGGGGCCGCCACCCCCAUAUUGCCACCCAGAAUACUACACCGGGGAGGCGUAUUACCCUGGGCCUCCCCCUGAGUACUGCCAUCACCCUCACCCACCAUCCCCACACUUGUGUGCCGUCCAUGGGGUCGCUGCACCAGGUCCAGCCAGCGUGCGGAUGGUGUCGACCAACUCGUCACCGCCCAUCCCACUACCUGUGCAGGUGCCGCCAGGACACGUCGUGCAGCAGAUCGUUGACGAAACUGGCACCCUCAGACACGUCAUCCUCUCUGCCCAGCCCGUGCCCAUGCCCAUGUGCCCCUACGGUCCAAAUGCAGGACAAGGCCCACCACAGUUCUAUGGGCCACCACCUGGUCCUCCACCGCAGGGUUAUGUCCAACCUUACCAGCCUCCUCCACAGUAUCCCCCAGUCAUGUCACCGCCCUUAGCACAACCAUCACCACCACCAGUUUACAGCCAAAAGUCCGAACGCCAUGUGCGUCAGUAUGACAAGCCAAGAAAUAAGUAUUACCAGCGGCAGCAACACACACACCACAACAAAUCUGGGUCAAGUAGCCUGCACAGCACUCCGCCACUUUCCCCAAAGAAAGAACCUCCUGCAAGAAAAAAUGAAGGGGAGGAGGAAGUUCAGACAGAGGAUGGGGAGGAUCCUAGAAAUAGUCUUCAGCACCUCCUAUCUCAGGUUAAACCACCUAAAGUAAUUGAUGUCACACCCAAUGAAGCUGUUAUCCAAUGGUCAUCUCCUGAUUUGAGCAGCCAGCCUGAUGACAUACCAGUUUCUGAGUUACUGUACGAGGUCUUCCUAAAUAACAACUUGUACAUGUCCAUCCCUGCCACCCAGCUUACGAUUAAUGGACUCAAACCUGCUACUGAGUACAGAGUACAUUUACAGUGUUUAUGUGGUGGUGUGCGAGGUGAUUCUAGUGGUGUUGCUGUAUUCCUCACACACUCCACUGUCCCGGAUGCUCCACAGCUACCAAGAAUGAUUCAGAAAUCAAAAACUUCUCUACAAUUUAGAUGGGGGCCUGUGAAAGAAAAUGGCUCUCGUGUGACUGCCUUUAUCCUCGAGUUGUGUGGUAACAAUGGAGAAUGGUCAGAGGUCUUUAGAGGCCGAGGCAAACAGCACACCGUUACUAAACUUCAGCCACAAACUCGCUAUCGUGUGCGUCUCGCUGCAGUUAAUGAGCACGGGAAAAGUGAAUAUAGCCCAGAGGCUAUAGCUUACACCAGUGGUGUGGUACCUUCCCAGCCGGCUCCACCAGUUUUAGAACAAGCUUCUGUUACAUCUCUAAGUUUAGGAUGGACUAAAAGACCUAUGGAAGAGACCUAUACUUUACAGAUGGAAGAUUCGUUAAAUGGUUAUGGUUUCCGUCCUGUUUACAAUGGCCGGGACACAAGAGUUACCUGUCCAGGGUUGAGGAGAAAUGCAGAUUAUAAGUUCAGAUUGUGUGCCCAUAAUGAUGAGGGUACAUCACCUUUCUCGGACAUCACCUGCUAUCCUACACUGCCAGAUCGCCCAAAGCCACCUUCUGCCCCAACAGUAAAGGGCCGACCUAAGUCUACUAAAUUGACUCUGGUCUGGUCUCCGCCAUCUGAUAAUGGAGGAUCUCGUAUAACUGGUUAUAGAUUGGAAAUUGAUCGUGAUAGUGGAUUUGAGUGCAUAUAUACUGGAGAAGGCACCGAGACUGACUGUACAGAGCUGAGCCCGGGUAAAAGUUACCGCGUCAGAGUAUUAUGUGAGAGCUUAGGAGGAAUAAGUGAUUGGAGUGAAGUUGCCAGUGUGAGCACAGAGGCUGUGUGUCCAGGUAUUUGCCAACCUCCUCGGUUACUUGGCAAACCAAAGGCAUCCUUACUGCAACUCAAGUGGGGCAAUCCAGAAUUUGAUGGUGGAGCACCAGUGACUGAGUUCCGCAUUGAUAUGACGUCUCCAAACAAUGAGAGGAGACAAGUAUAUUGUGGGCGAGAUCUUGAGUGCACAGUUGCCAGCCUCUUACCUGGGCGACCAUACAUCUUCAUGGUGUGUGGUGUGAACCGCAUGGGCCCUGGACAGUGGUCUGAACCUUUGGAAGUGGUUAGUGGUGCUGGUCCCCCUGAUGCCCCUCAUGCUCCUCAUCUAGCCUGUCGUAGCCCAUAUUCAGUGCAUCUAGCGUGGGAAGAACCUAUAAACAAUGGAGCUGGUAUUGACCAGUAUAAUGUGCAGAUUGCAGAGGUAUCCUGUCCUCAUGCAGAGUCUUCAGAGUCUUCUUCAACAUGUGGUGACCUAGAAUCUGACUUGACAUUCACCAGUGCGUACACAGGGUCAGCCCUCACCACUGAAGUACGCAACCUGGCUCCUGCUACCACCUAUGCCUUCAGAGUAUGUUGCAGCAACAGUGCUGGAGUUGGUCCCUGGUCUUCACAUGCAACUGUGACCACCCCUGCUGCACCCCCUGCACCUGUUGCUUACAUCUCCUCCUCCCCAGCUGCCACAGCUGUGACCCUCCUUUGGGGAGAGCCAGCUAAUCAUGGUGACCCCAUCACCCAUUAUGUGAUAGAAGUGGGUGAUAAGACAGUCACUACUCCGGGGCCAGAAACGGAAUAUGCACUAAACGAUCUUCAACCUGAAACUUUAUAUAGAUUACGAAUCCAAGCCGUGAACAGUGUGGGCCCGGGAAGCUUCAGUGGUAUUCACAAAGUGACAACAAGGGCACUUCCUCCUGCCCCCCCAACCAUAGAGCUGGUUAAAGCUUCCUACAAUUCUCUCAAGCUCAAAUGGGGAGAUGGACGCAAUUUGGACAUGCUUACUUACUCUCUUCAGAUGGAAUUCACCAAUCCUCAUAAUGGCACCAGAGAGUUCUAUCAGGUGUAUAAUGGUACAAAUCAGAACUAUAAGGUGGUGAGGUUAGAAGAGAACACAGAGUACCAUCUUCGUAUCUGUGCCAGCAAUGAGGCAGGUAUUGGGCCUUAUUCUGCUGUGGCUCAUCUUUCUACUACUAAAGCUCCUCCUCCUCCCCUUAAAGCUCCCCGUAUAACAGAAAGUCCAGAAGGAAAUCAUAUUGUUGAAUGGUGCAGUGUGCGUUGUCCAGGUGAAGAUUCCAUACUGUACCGUCUUCAGGUGCUACAAGCUGGCAAAGAUCAGGAUUACUAUGUGGUAUACACUGGAGACGAAACCUCUUACGCGCUGACUGGUUUAGAACCUCACACAGGAUAUUAUGUACGUGUUUGUGGCGUGCGAGUAUGUGGGGACGGAGAGACAAUGGCUGGUGCUUACUCUUCUCCAGCACUCUUCAACACCCCAAAGCCUGCUCCUGUAAUGACUACCAAAACUGCAGCAAACACAACCCAGGAGGCGGGUCUGCAGUGGCACAAUCUCAGUGAUCAGCAAAAGGCUGCUGCAAUUUUGGUUGUUUUUUCUCUUUUCUGUGCCGUUGCCGCCAUUGGCUUGCAUCACUUCUUGGCCCCUGAUAAUGGACGACUCUCCAGUCCUUGGAUGCAAGAGCUUGCAUGAAUGCUGUGAAUGCUGGAAGGAGAGUGGUAAUGUGGGUCAUUGGACCCACAACAGCACAGAAACUUCCUUUUCUUUGUUAAAAGUAAGUACUUAACCUCGCUUGAAGUAUUCCAGCAAGACUACCAAUUUGGAGGGUAUGCGAGUACAAUUUGAGGCAGCACAAAUCGCGUGUAAGGGAAGACGGAGGCACAGAAUUUUAAUGGUAUGGCUGUUAGGUUCCCCAUCUCAUGUGGUAAGCAAAAAUUGCCUGCAGGUGGAAAAGAGCAGUUUUUUCAUUAUCAGACUCCUCUAAAAUGCCUGAUAACAUGUUUACACUAUCAUAUAUUAAGUACUCGAUACAUUUAGGCAUAAAAAACACGAAAAAGUAAAAUACAGUACAUACAAUACUUACAUUGAAAUAUAGUGCCGGUCACCCUUCCCUUACUUGAAUACUAUAUUCUGAAAGUGGCAGAAAGGCAAUAAAAGCAGAGGUGUCGCUAGAGUUGGUGUCCCCCGGGGCGGAAUCUCUGGUGUCACCCGGGGCAGCAUCUUUGGUGUUACCCCCAUGAAAUUCAAGGGCAGGGGGAUGGGGGGUAAACUCCAGUUAUGUCACUACUGCAUGACCAGUCAGUGACUAAUAUUUAGCAAUGAGAACAUUUAAGGGCCAUAAACUGAACAGGAGAAUACAUCUCGACUUUAUUAAUGAUAAAAUAAAUAAUCGUAGUAAUAUUGAGGAAACAAACUCAAAUACCACUUUGAGUACAGCCAACACAUCCUACAUUUACUCAACUUCAACAGUGCAAAAAAAAAAAAAAAAAAAAAAAAAAAAAAACUUGAAAAAUAAAGAAAAACAUUGCAAUAUCAGAGAAACACUUGUUUUGAUUUGACCUUGAGUACAGGUAACUUCUCGGUGAAUCUGAUCUUGCAUUUUCUUGCCUUCACUUAUGCAAAAUGAUCUUUCACAUCAUCAAAAACAAUGAUUUUCCCUAUAUAGGCUUAUUUGUACUUUGUAUAUAUAUAAUAGGCUAUAUAGAAAUAAAGGAUUCUUCUCUUAUGUUGGUGCAGCACUGUUUUGUGCUGCUCUAUGGUGUCACCGGGGGCGCCCCCCCCCCCCCCCCCCCCGACGCCUCUGAAUAAAAGCACUGAACAUAAUGAACAAUGGCUCAAUGAAAAGUCAAUGAAAACAUGGAACACUGACAAGAUUGUACUGUAUGUGCAUGGCCCUCCUGUAUGUAAACCUCAAAGACAUGGUUGUGGCUAUAAAAUGUCAAUCGACAUUGAAGUGAAGAGCUGACCCUCGUGUCUGGUAAAUCAGCCAGCAUAAGAUGGUCUAAAAUGACAAAAAUAGGCUUCAUAGGGAGGCCCUGGAUUACCUCUCUCACCUCUUCUAUACCUUAAUUCAGUAUGAUUGGAAUUAAUGAAACUAACAUGUGUAUGUUUAGACUGAGUGUCUAUGACUAUAAACAUGCAUUCGUCAGAAAUUCAUUCUAGAAGUAAUAGUGUCUGGACAAGAAAAGUCUUUGGCAUAUACAUCACUGCAUAGUACAGUCAUGCUCCAAAAUUUGAAGCAUAAGUCCCUAGCCCUUGUGGCUUAGCGCUUCUUUUUGAUUAUAAUAAUAAUAAUGAAGCAUAAGUCUCAUGAAUCUAGAAUCUGUGAAUAGAUUAUUUUUUAACCACAUUCUUUGUUUUCCACUAAAUUAGGGUGACCCCAAGGAAGGAAACCCACUCCAUGAAUAUUAGUUCAAAUGUCUUGCAAACUGCAAAAUCCUCACUAUUGUUUUUUUGUGCCCAGGCACUUUGAUAUUGUUUGCCAGAGAUAGGCCAGCAUCAAUAUUAUAGUAGCCAAGUGUCCUGUGUGAAAGAAAUAGCAAGGUUGUCCAUGUCAGAAAGGUGAAUUUGUCUCAAAAGAUAGAAAUAUGUUCUGAGGAGCUCAAGAGCAAUAAUUAAGAAAGGAUCUUCACUGUUUAAGUAAGGAGAGGGAAGGAGGAAGAUAGAGCUUCAACUCUCCCUAAUCUGGUUUGAAUGCAUUCCUACCACAUGUCUAAAAAACAGGCAUGGUAACAUUUUUACCAAAGGAUAUUACUGUGGUGAAAAAAUUGGACUGCCCCAUUGAUAGCCAGGGCAGUGGAAUGCUCGUGGAUGAGGUCCUCAUUCAGCAAAAACGUAAUGCCUUGAUGAGCCAUCUACUAGAAUGUUUAGUGAUCGCAUUGGAUAGAAAAUUUCCAAAUUGAAUUUAAUGCAGAUGACAAACUGUGCAGAUCCUUGAAGUUAGAUUCAAGUGUCAGUGAAGAAGGAACUCAUCUUUAGUGUUGUGGAGAAGGGAUUCACAUUACCAGAAAGGAAACUCACGGUGGGAUGAAGUAGCUAAGUUUCCUCUUUGUAAGGAUGCCAACAACAUUAAGGAAUGCAGACAGUUAUGAAUAGGGCAUCAACCUUGAAUGGAAGAAUUGAUCAAUAUUAGGGCAGGACAAGUCAUUGGGAUAUACCUAGAUAGGUUGUGUGGCAUGUUCCACCAGAAGUCUAGGGAAUGAGAGGCAGUGGAAAAUUUCGGUGAUUCCUGUUGAUGGCAUGAUCCUGGCACCCUUACUGUUUCUCGUCCUCAUAGCAGAUAAAGAUAGGAGCCGCAGUUUCAUAUUAUUUGCGGAUGAUGCAAAAUAUGCUUAAUAGUCACUUCAGUAGAAGAGGUGCAAAAAUUACAAGAAGAUACAUGCAAAAUCUUAUGGUGGGCAGGAAAAAAUGUGUUCAGUGGGGACAAAUUCCAGUAACUCAACAGAGACACUGUACGCAAAGCACAGGACCACCACCUCAUAGAAUGAAACAAACAUGAAAAACACGGGUGAAAUAAUGUUAGCUGACCUAUUUAGAGAACACAAAAUAGGCAAAUGUUGUAAAAGCGAAUAAUGAGAACUUGCAAAGCAAGGGAAAUACCAAUGGGGUCACAGUUCAUAUCACUUGUUUGGUACUGACUACUUCUUUCAAGGCAGGAUAGAGAGAGAUCUGAAACAUUUACAAAUAUCGUUUACUACUCACAUAAUCAAUACAGCUUUUAAACUGCUGGGAAUGCCUCAAAGUACUAAAUAUGUACUCUUGAGAAAGUGAGAUAUAAAUGAUAUUUAUGUGGAAGAUAAUUGAAGGCUUAGUCCCAAGCCUACUCUCUACCAUAACUAUACUGUUGUGAGAGAUAUGGGAGGGAAUGUAAAAUCCAGUGAAAAGCAGAGGCACCAUGGGCACAAAAAAAGGAAGUGUCAACAUCUGUGGUUCUGACAUUCAAAUGGCCAGCAGAUUGUGAAUUAUUACUUGUCUAGGAGCACAAAUAAAAUCUUGAAGCCAGUAGCGCUGUGGUCACACCUCUUCCUUUAAAUGCGUAAUCUACCAAUUUAUAAUUGUGGCCACUGAUCAACCACAGCAUAGACAUGGGAAGAUCUUGGAACCAUAACAUUUAACAGGUGGCACUGUCAUUUAAUGUAGAAUCCUAGUUUGAUAGGAAUGUGAAGGAUAACGACAGCAUAGACCAUCAGAUUUUGGAACCCUUACAGCAAGAAAGUGCAUCACUUGCCAUUUGGAAGUGUUGAGAAGUGAAUGGAAUGCAGUUUGAUUUGUUAACCAGCAAGAUUCUCACUGAUUUGACAUCUGAACCUGAUGGGAACAAGCAGUUGUUUCUUGACGAGCAAUUAUGAUGUAUUGAGAAUUGACUUGUGAAGGAGUAAUCCAAGGAAUUAGAAGAUUUUGGGAGUGGGAGGAACUAUAAAUGGCAAAAGAUAAAUAAAAAUAAAGUAUCAGCCCUGACACAGCAUUUAAGGUAAUGUCUAAUAGUGAAGGCUGCUCUAUCCAAAUAAUUUGAGCUACCCUACCCCUUCCUUGUCAGUUCAAAAUGAUUUAUUUUCUGUUCCCAUGCAGUAUGAAACCUAAGGGUUUAGGGCUUACCCUUGAAUAUGAUAAUACUUUAUAGUUCAGGCAUAUUAUAUGUAUAGUGCCCCUUUCUUUGAUACCCCUUUGAAUUGGCAGAAAAAAUAAAUUUUCUGGCUCAUACCAGUCAGAAUGCCAGUUUUAUUUUUUCUUGGCACAAGAUGCAAGGUUGAAAAUCAACAGUAGGAUUUCAUCUAUUAUGUGCACAACCACAAACUCAGUGAUAGCUAGAAAGCCAUUUAAUACAAAGCAAGAUAUUAUGAAUAGAGGAGGCAAGGCAAAUGAGUGAUAGUUUAAUAAACCUCACAAAUAACCUGCACAUAGGAGGCUGAAACUUGUGAUCAAAAAGUUGUCAAGAGUUUCUCCUGUGUGGGGGUUACAGUGUUUCGUUUUGAGGCAUUUUGCUAAUACGGACAUUUCAGAUUACGACCAAAAUUCGUUAUACUCCCCCCCCCCCCCCACACACACACACCAGACUCUCUAUGGUCACUGCACAUUAUUGUUUACAUCCUCUGUGAGCUCUGCAUCUCCGUGUCUGGUAACUUUCCAAAAUUUCAAGUGUUUUAAAGUUACUGCGUAUUUUAUACGUACUCUGAUAAUUAUACAUGUACUUAUGUGUACUUGUACCUAAAUAAACUUACUAUGCUGGCAUGCAGGUACACAUUAACUCUUUCAAAGUCGACAGGGCCUCUCCCAGACUUGUUCUCAGGGUCGACAGAUUUAAAAAAAAAAAAAAAAAAAUCUUUUCCCGAUCAUAAUGACACCAAAAGUAUGAAAUUUGAUGGAAAACGUACGGAAUUAUGCUCUCGCGAAGUUAGCGGUCUCAACGAUGUUUACGCAUUGGCGAUUUUGCCCACUUUGAACCCUAUUUUCGACCAGUUCCAGUGUACUAGUCGACAAAAAUCAUAACUAUUUCGCUAGAAAUCCAUUUUUUCUAUCGAAUGAAUACAGCAGGGCCCCGCUUUACGGCGUUCCGCUAAUACGGUCAUUUCAAAUUAUGACCAAAACUCGCUAUACGGCUCCCCCCACCUGACUUUCUAAUACGGUCACCGCGCCCCACCCUGUUUGUUUACAUUCUCCGUGAGCUCAGUAAGCACUAAGUCUCUCCAUUUUGUCUGGAAACUCCAAAAUUUCAAAUGUUUUUAAAAGUUAUUUCAUAUUUUAUAUAUACUCUGAUAAUUAUACUUAUGUAUACCUGUACCUGUGCUGGCAUGCAGGUACACAUUAAAAUCAGUAAGAGUGUCUUAUGUCUCCAGACGUCAUAUUAGUAAUGAUGAUAAUCAUCGAGUCUCAUUUAAAUGUCGUAUAUUACGUUAAUAUACACAUUUUCAUUAAUCCAUCUAUGAUAUUUUUUCAAAAUUAUAUAAUAAACACGAUGCAUAACAUAUAAAUAAGAUAAAUACACCCCACAGUAGAAUAAAUAAACAUAAAUGUGAGAUGUGGUAGCAGACGACUUGCACAAGUGACGCCAUAUUAGAAAUGAUGAUAAUAAUAAUAAUCACCGAGUCUCAUUAAAUGUCGUAAAUUACGUUAAUAUACACAUUUUCAUUAAUCCAUCCAUGAUAUUUUUUUCAAAAUUAUAUAAUAAACACGAUACAUAACAUAAAAAGAUGAUAAAUACACCCCACAAUAGAAUAAAUAAACAAAUAUGAGAUGUGGUAGCCAGAUAACUUGUACAAGUGACGGCAAGAAUAACAUUUUCUCUAAUCUAACAUAAGAGAAAAUGUGUUACUGUGGGUAACUGUAGAAAAUUAUUCCUUUCGUAUGUAUGUAAGUUUAUUCAGGUAUACACAAAUACAGUUACAUAGAGUAUCAUACAUAACAUGUGUGUAGAGAACCUAGGAUAACCCAAAAAAGUCAGUGAUUUAUUUCCAUUGCCUUCACUCAGAGCAUCAUUUCUUCUCAAAAUGAUGUUACAUGAGAAGGGAGUGUUCUUCUUUAUUUAUUCUACCGUAUCAAUGUAGAGACAACCUGUACACAAUGUAACUUGUACACAAACCAGACGUGUACACUUUGUUUACGAAACUUACCUUUGCCUGGUUUAUUUACAUAACUCUGCGCCUGUCCUCUCUCAUGCACUCUUCUUUCUCUCUCUCAUUUAUUCGUUUUAUCUCAUUUACUUACUCCUGACCCUACAUUAAGACUACAAAUAUUUUAAGGUAAGUAAUGAGUGAACUGUAUAUACAUUUUAUUGCUCUGGGAUGCUUAAAUAUCAUAGAAUAGUAUGUGUGGGUGGGUUGGCCAGGUAUGGUAGCCUGGCUGACUACCAUACAUACCACACUUGAUUUCUUACAAUAAAUACUACUUGUCUCACCCUAGAUUAAGACUAUAAAUAUUUUAAGGUAAGUAAUGAGUACACUGUGUGUAUUGUACUUUUUUAUUGUUUUUUGAUGCCUGGUUCUAUUGCUAACUUAAUAUAUGUUAGUGUAAACUUGUUAUCUAGUGUUUGUAUGCAUUUAUAAGUGGGAAAAAAAGGGUGUUCCACUUUACGGCGGUAGCCUGGAACCUAACCUGCCGUAUAAGUGGGGCCCUGCUGUACAAGAAACCACCCAUUUACCGAUUUUAACUAUCCAAUAAAGUGGUCAGAAUUUAACAAUUUUGCCAAUUUCACACAAAUUUCAAAAGAUGCCAAUUUCCAAAUAGGAUCCAGAAUAAACAAGAAAGACAUUCCUGGCACUAAAAUAACAUUUCCUCUGUUCAUUAAUCAUGUCCCCACGCCCCUCUUACAUUCUUUUGCUUUCCACUUUGAAUCUCACAAAAAAUAGAAGAUUUACUGUUAUGCAGACUACUGCAUUAGUGUAGAAAUGGUAUAAUAUCAGCGAACUUGUGAAAGAACAUUUGACUCGCCAGUUGAUGUGUAUUGGACGCGUAGCAUGAUUUGUUUACUUUUGAACUUUGGCAAAAAUCGAACAUUUCUGCUACUUUGAGCUCAGUUUCAAGGUACUUUUCAUUGUAAAACUAAUCAAAAUCGUCUCAAUUUCUGUAAUAUGUCUUCCAUUCUAUUAAAUGAGACCAGGAAAACUAGAAUACCAUCAUAAAUACCAUACGAAAAUACAGUGCAGUCGCUGUUUUAAACCAAAAAGUCAAAUUUUUUUUUCUCUUUAUGCACUGUGUGCUGCAGGAUUUUUUUUUUUUUAUACUGUGCACACUGACCACAUAGACCCAUUCUUUCAUAUGUAGGCCUACCAGCUUUCUCUCGUAGAUUUGAAGGCGUUAGAAUUUAGGCUUACUAGUACGUCAAAAACCCUGGUGCGUAAGCCGUACUAGUACGUCAGAAACCCCGAAAGGGUUGAAAUCACUAAGAGUAUUUCACUAGUCUUGAAUAUGCUAUAUUAUUAUAGAAUAUAUUAGACAUAAAUAUGAGAUGUAGCUGGGCAGCUUGUUGGAGUGCCACAAGAAUUACAUUUUCUCUGGUCCAACACCAGAGAAAAUGUGUACACUAUAGUAUUACUGGGGUAACUAGAAAAUUAUUCCUUUCGUAUGCUUUCACUCGUAGCUAUUUAUUUAUUCUACUGCACUAACAUGAAGACAACCUGUACACAGUGCAAGUAUUUGUAUUGUGGGGUAUAUGCUUCACCAACUUGUGCAAAUGUACUUGUUUGAACCAAAAUUAGAUAGGUAUUAAUAUGCAUCUGACAAGAGUGACUCCCCUCAUGCUUUCAUCUGUUUACAAAUCUCGGCAUUUCCUUCUCUCGUUUAUGAUGGCAUCUAAGGGUAGUUUUAGAAAUGAUUAAACUCAGUGAACAAGGUGUGUCGAUGGUAAUAAUUGCUCUGGGGUACUUUAAAUUUAAGUCGUAUAUUUUGUGUAGUGAUGGUAGCUGGUGUGGGAUCUACCACACCCGACUUUCUACAAUAAAUACUCACCUCUCACCCUACAUUAAGACUACACAUAUUUAAAGGUAAGUAAUGAUUGUACUGUGUAUGUAAUUUACUUUUUAUUGUUUUUUAAUGCCUAGCUCCACUGUUAACUUAAUAUGUUAGUGUAAAUUUGUUAUCUGGCAUUUAUAUGAAUUUAAGUAGGAGAAAAAACUGGCAUUCUACUUUACAGCGAUUUCCGUUUUAGCUUGGAACCUAACCUGCCAUAUAAGGGGGGGGGGCACUGUAUUGUGCCUUUUUAUUCUUUAACAAACAUGUUGGAGUCUUGUCUUGUCUGACAGAAUUUGGGGGUUGCCUAGUGGGAAUUGUAUUAAUGUAUUUUUUUUAAAUAUAUUCAAGAUGCACUGAAAGUCUAUAAUUUUGUGAACAGGAAACUAUGUAUUCUGUAGAAUUGUUGAAGCUUAGAGACUAGUAAAGCUGUAAACUUGAUAUCCAUCCUGAACACUUCAAAAAAUGAAUAAGCUGUAAUGUUCCCUUUUAAACAAACCCAUAAAAAUAAGUAAAAUAUGAUUACUUUUCUGCAAGAGGAAUCCAGAACACUACACUGUUUUAUUUGGACAAACUAUCCAGGGAUUGGAAGGGUCCUGGGUUCGAUUCCCGGCGGGUGGAAACAUUUCGACACGUUUCCUUACACCUGUUCACCUAGCAGCAAAUAGGUACCUGGGUGUUAGUCGACUGGUGUGGGUCACAUCCUGGGGGACUGGGUGUUAGUCGACUGGUGUGGGUCACAUCCUGGGGGACAAGAUUAAGGACCCCAAUGGAAAUAAGUUAGUCCUUGAUGAUGCACUGACUUUCUUGGGUUAUCCUGGGUGGCUAACCCUCCGGGGUUAAAAAUCCGAACGAAAUCUUAUCUUAUCCUAUCAAUGUAUUUUUAUAGUACAGUAUUGUACAGCAUUUAAGCUGUGUACAAGCUUGAGUAAUAUUGAUUAAUAUAAUCAGGGUGAAUACAUUACUAAAAAUAUUCCCCCCCCCCCCCUCAUGGUCAAGGUUGAAUUUAACACUGACUUGGCAAUUUCCAUGAGCUCUUCUAUUCCAUAACAUGAAUGGAAGCAUUAAAACAGUAAAGGAAAUAGUGUCCAUUUUUAGCCAGCUGCACGAUGCUGACCUAUAACUGUUGGCAGCUCAUUAAGAAAUGUAAUAGUGACAAUACAAGAAAAAUACUAUGGAACAAACUGCCAGGUAGUGUUAGUGAGCAACUGAGACAUGCACAUAUACAUGUGUUCAUGUGCAAAACAUGCAUGUGUACAUUUGCACACAGUGAUUGGCUGUUUGAGAGGUGAGAUAGGGAGGCACCACUGGUAGUCACAGAUGAGCCACAGGGAUGUUAAUUUUUGGAGCAGUUGGGAAGAGGAAUGAUCUUGAAAAGGAGGUAAGAUAGGGCCCAGGAGGAUGAGUGAAUUUGAAGAGUGGUAAGUUAUGAAGCAGGGUCAGGAGCUGAGAAAUCAACUUUACAACUGCAAAGAGGUCAGUAUAGUCACACACACAAGCACAUGCAUACUCGCUCUCACACACACAAAAUAAUUAUACAUGUGCCGAAUAGGUAAAACACGAUUUUGACUUGGCAACGCUUUUCUUGCCAAAUAAGGCAAACAAAAAUUUGCGUAUUCAAUAAUUUUGCAAAAAUCAUUCUGAACCAAAGGGCUGGCACUAGCUUUUUGGGCCUAUGGUGACUUAUUUAGCAGUUGCAAGCACAAAAGCAAUGAAUUAUCAUGAAAUGUGUUGUAUGAACCAGUGGGGUGAUGGUCACAUGCUGGUAAACAAUGGGACACAGUGUGAAUAGUGCUGGAGACUGGCUUUGUGUGCACGCUGACGGGCAGACGCGUACCAGAAGGUCGCCGAAUCACGAGUCCAGUCACGAACCACAAAGCUAAAUUUUGCCGAAAGUCAGAUUUCACGAAAGUCGCGGCCGCCGAACGGCGGGGGUCCACGGUACUUGAUAUUGUACAUUGCUUUAUAUGGCAUAAAUAGACCCUGAAGGUAACAUUGAAACAGAUAAUAUGAGUAUCAUAUAUUUUGGCCUCUCACUGAGGCCCUCUUCAGCAAACCAGAUGUACAGAUGAUGCUUAUAUACAAAGGCAGGUCACAUGACGUAAGUCCUGGGCAGGAACAAGAGACUUCAGGACAUCAACUGGCCUUGAGAUGGUGAAAUUUUGUUCAUAUGCAAUCACAGGAGAUGUAAAAUUUAGAGCUUGUAUCAUAUUGUUUUUGUAUAACAAGGGCAGCUUUCUAUUUUUAUUGUGGCAAUGAUAGGAAAACUGCCGAGUUGUCUAAUGCACAUCUACAAGAUCUCUCUUCAGUUACUGUUAGUAAUUAACUAUUUAUUGUAUUAAUUGCAACACUGAAUUACCCAUGUGGGUUCAGCGAUAUAUUUUAUAAAUAUACUAAUUGCCAUGUGUGUGAUUACUUACAAUUUUUGGAAUGAAUUUCAUAUAGGUACAUCAAAUACCAAUUAUGUUGAGUAUGGAUUGUGUUUUACAUGUUCUGUGCUCUGGAAAGAUGAAUUUUGAUAAUUUGAAAAAUAUAAGUUUAGUUUCUAGCAUAAAAUUUAGUGUUGUUUGGGAGAAAGGUGGUAGAUUACCCACACAUGGGUACUGUAUUCUUGUACCAAGUGGAAAUUCAUAAUUAGAAUUCGCUCUUAUAAACAAAUUCAGUGAAUGAUUUAUACACUUGGUCACUAUUGACAUCAGAUUAAAGAGGAAUGUAGUCUUGGGAUUGUCUCUAAGUGCCCUCAGAUGAUGCUCUCCACAACACCUAGAACAAGAAAACAGCACCAUCACUGCACAAUUCAAAAGACUGCUAUCCAGAAUGAUUUAUACACACACACAAAAAAAAAAGUGAAGCAGCAGAAAAUACUACUGCAUCAGUUUUCAUGUUGUACACAAAAAUGUGUACAACAAAAAAAGUGUAAUCCCUGCUCAAAAGAAAUUUGUAUAUCAUAACCUUGACACACUAGGCAUUUGUGUACCCAGUAGUUAAAAAGGUAAACUCAUAAUAUGCUGUGUUUUGUUGCCAGAAAAAUCACUUUCACAGUUUUAUUAAGUAGCUACUUUUCCAUGAGGCAUUUCAGCAGUUUUCUAGGAUUUGUGUGUUUGUUUCAGAACCCUAAUAUGAGCCAAAAAAAUGUUUGGUAGGAUUUGGUUAAUGUAAUAAUCCUCAAUAUGUUUAUGAUAGAAUCGUGCCCUAAUUUUAAGAUCUUGCAAGGCCAGUAGAUGUAUGAUGACUGCACAUGUGACCCUGCUCACUGAGUGUGGGAAUGUUGUGAAGUUUGUCAGAUUACAUGUUGGUUAAAAUUCAAGAGUGACAUGUCAUAAAAAAAAAAUUUUUUGUUUACAUUUCCUCUCCAAGUGAGUAGGGCCAUAUGUCAGUGUAUCUCAACUUUGUAGGUCUCUUUCUUGCUUUUUUUUUUUUUUUUAUAUAAUGCAAGAAAUCAUAAAAGCACUUAGAAUAUAUACAGCUUCUCCUCACUUAAUGACGGAGUUCCAGUCCUAAGAUCACGUUCGUAAACGAAUGCGUUGCUAAGCAAGGAGCGAACCAUAAUGGUACAGUCCCCAUCCCUUUAUCCGAAGUUUUUGUAGACGAGUGUGGAGCGUCAAUCAUCUCUACAUAACUCCAACACCACCAGUUGUCACAAGAAAGGAGGAACACUGCAGCAGGCCUGUUGGCCCAUACUAGGCAGGUCCUUCACAAUCCAUCCCACGGACAGAAUACAGUGGUCCCUCAAUAAUCGUAGGGCUCGAGUCGUAGAUUUCGGAAAUCAUAGACUGAUUCGCGAAUAGUAGUUCGUCCAGGGCAGGUACACACAGCCCCGAGCCGCCUCAUACUCCAUUCCCAGCCAGUGUGCCAUUGUUUAUAAGUGAGUGAGGAUGAUCCCACGAGUUCAUACGAUACAUUUCAUAAUAUUCCAUUGCUGUAUAGUCCUUGUGGCUUAGCGCUUCUUUUUUGAUUAUAAUAAUAAUAAUAAUAUUCCAUUCGUUUUUAGUGUUUGCAACUGCUAAAUAAGUCACCAUGGCUCCAAAGAAAGCUUCUAGUGCCAGCCCUUUGGUAAAGAAACUCACAUAAUUUAAGAAAAAGUAUGUAGAAAAGUAUGAAGGUGGUGGUGGUAGAGUGAAAGCAGUUGUAAUAGUGGUAGAAGGUGGUAGUGAUGGUGGUAGAGGGUGUCUUCUUCAGUGAUUCAGCAAUUCUACCAACUCCUCCAAUGUUGUUGUUGUAUAGGGCUACAGAAAACACCGCCGCCUCAGCUGCUGCUUCACCACAAUUAUGGAUGGCUUACUCUCAGUGGCCCUUAUAUACCCAACAGCACAACAACACCUCUCGUGACAUACAUAAUGACUUAUUUUAUUCAUUAUGUCAUAUUAGUUGAAUUGUGAUAGAUAAAUUAGCUAUGAGUUGAUAUUACUGUCAUAUUCUCCAACAAUAAACUUGCCAUCCCUCCCUCACACAAACAAGUCUCCAAUAAGAACAUAAGGAGGUACACUGCAGCAGGCCUGUUGGCCCAUACUAGGCAGGUCCUUUACAAUCCUUCCCACUAAGAACAUAAUGGUAGAACACUGCAGGUCUACUGGCCCAUACAAGGCAGGUCCUUAUCAAAAUUACCUCUACCCAAAGCUACCCAAGAAUUUACUCUCGUACCCAACGACACAAAUCAAACUCGGCUCCUCCCACUCAUAUAUUUGUCCAAUCUCUUCUUAAAGCUACCCAAGGUCCUAGCCUCGAUCACCCUACUGGUAAGUGUGAUGUUAAAUAAGAACAUAAGAACUUAAUAAAGUAGGAACACUGCAACAGGCCUGCUGGCCCAUACUAGGCAGGUCCUUCACAAAUCUAACCCACUAACAGAACAAAUGCUACCCAAGCAAUAAGCUCAGGUGCAAGUCCGACUCGAAUCCAACCCUUCUCACUCGUGUAUUUAUCCAACCUAAAUUUGAAAUUACCCAAGCCAUAGCUUUUAGAACAUAAAGGAGGAACACUGCAAUAGGCCUGUUGGCCCAUACUAGGCUGGUCCUUCACAAAUCCAACCCACUAACAGCAUAACUGCUAUACCCAAGCAAUAAGCUUUGAUAAACCUAUUUACUCGUGUGCAGGAUCGAUUCAAACCAACCCCUCUCACUCAUGUAUUUAUCCAACCUAAAUUUGAAACUACCCAAUGUUUUAGCUUUGAUCACCUACUAGGCAGACCGUUCCACUCAUCAACUACCCCUAUUCCCAAUGUUCAUUUAUACAUUUUAUUAGUGCUUUACAUUUAUAUGGCAUUCUUUUCUGCAUGUAAAUCUAUAUUUAAGCUAGGUAAGUGACCCCUGAAGUGACCUAGAGUCCUUAUGGAGGGAGAUUCCCCUUCCAAACAAUAAUGAGGAAAUGGUAUGGUGAUACCGACAAGAUGUGGAAAAAGACAUGUACAGUUCAGGACAUUUAUUAAAGGGAACGUUUCGCCACGAGUGGACUGAAGAAGCCACUCGUUUCCUUUAAUGAAUGUCCUGAACUGUACAUAAGUGUCUUUUUCCACAAACAAUAACCUCUCUUCCCUCUCCUCCUCCUCCCUGUCUUCCAUUCAUCAACAGCCUUCAAUAAAGGUAACUGUCAUGUUGAAUGUUCAUUCUUUUGUGCAUGUAAAUCUAUCUUUAAGGUAAAAAAAAAAAUUUUCUUGAUACUUCUGGGUGUCAGGAACAGAUGAAAUGUAUUUACAUUAUUUCUUAUGGGGAAAAUUGAUUCGAAAAUCAUAGAUUUCGAUAAUAGUAGCACCUCCAGGAACGGAUUAAAUACGAAAAACAAGGGACCACUGUAUUUGCCAAUGCUAUCCAGGCAAUAAGCUUUGACAAUUCUAUUUACUCAUGUGCAAUUCCCACUCAUAUCCAACCCCUCUCACUCUGUUUUUAUCCAACCUAAAUUUGAAACUACCCAAAGGUUUUAGCCUCAACCAUCCUAGGCAGACUGUUCCACUCAUCAUAAGAAAGGAGGAACACUGCAGUUGGCCUAGACCCCACCUUCAUUCGAAAAACUGCUGGCCCCAAGGGUUUCGGAUAAAGGGAUGGGGACUGUAGUGAGUUUGUGUCAACCAUGUUUAACCCUUUCAGGGUCCGUGCCGUAGAUCUACGGCUAUACGUUGAGGGUCCAAACUGUAGAUUUAUGCCAUGAGCUCAGCUCACUCCGAUAAGCUGCGAGUGGUAAAUUUGGGCGUAGAUAUGAGAGAAUACAUCUGUGUGUAUGUGUGCACCACAUAAAACAAAUCCUGCAGCGCACAGUGCAUAAUGAGAAAAAAAAAAACACCGUAAUUUUUUAUUAAAACAGCGACUUUGCAGUGUUUUUUGUAUGUUUUUUAUAGUUGUAUUUGUGAUUUCUUGGUCUCAUUUCAUAGAAUGGAAGAUAUAUUACAGAAAUAGAGAAGAUUUUGAUUGGUUUUAGUAAUGAAAAUUGCUUGAAACUGAGCUCAAAGAAGCAGAAAUGUUCAAUUUUUGCUGAUGUUCAAGAGUAAAAAAAUGACCUCACACGUCUAAUACACGCCAGCUGGUGGUUCUAAUAUAUAUUCACAAAUGUGGUGAUAUUAUUUAUACAAUUAUUACAAUAUUGCAUAACAGUAAAUCUUGAUUUUUUGAUUUGAAUAAAAAUUCAUUAUGUGAAAAAAUAAAAAUGGAAUUCAUUUGUAAAGCCUGAAAACGUAGCUAAUGAACAGAGGAAUUGUUAGUUUAGUGCCAGGAAUGCCUGCAUUGUUUAUUCUGGACCUUGUUUUGUAAUUAGAAUAUUUUGAAUUUUGCAUUAAAUUGGACAAAUUACUAAUUUCCGAUCACUUUAUUUUGUAGUUAAAACAGUCGAGUUGGCAAUUUCUUGUGCUCAAUCGAUAGAAGUAAUACUAGUGAAAUAGUAUUAGGUAUGCAUAUUGGUGAGAGAGCCCAUCGUAAGUCCAAGUCAUUGGUAAACUAAUACGUUGCUAAGUGAGGAGAGGCUAUAUAUAAUGUAUACGUGUGUAUAUACCUAAAACCGAAUCGAUAUUUCCCGUAAGAAAUAAUGUGAAUAUAAUUAAUCUGUUCCAGACACCCAAAAAUAUUAACGAAAAAUACAUUUUUUACAGAUUAACUACAGUUUUACAUACACAAAACAAUGAGAAAGAAAUACUGCAGUAUUUUUAAUAAUAAAUGAACAUUACAUACCUUUAAUGAAGACUUGUUGGCAUAUGGCGAGGAGGAGAGGGAGGACUGAUAAUUGUUUGGAAGGGGAAUCCCCCUCCAUAAGGACUUCAGGUAUCAAAGCCCUUUCUUCUUUCUUUUACUGGCACUAGGACCAGCUUGAGAGUCACUGUCGGACAAAAAAUCUGUCCAGAGAGGUCUGUUUCUGGUGUCCAAAAUUUGCCUGAAGUGGGACAAAGUUUUGUCACUGAACAUGUUGCAGACACGGCUUGCAACAGCUUUGUUAGGGUAAUAAUUCUCCGCAAAUCUUUGCAACUCGCUCCACUUUGCACACGUCCUUAAUCGCUGAAAAAAAGUUUUUUUUUUUUUUUUCAGUGUUCCUGUGUGAAACUAGUGAUCUAGUGCAGUCAGCCUCACAAAUACUCCAUUUUCUCUUAUCCUAGGACCUCAGGUCAAAAAUGGGAGGACUUGUUCAGAGCGGAAAUUAUUUUAUGUUGCUACUGGACGUACACACUUGUCACAUAAUUAUGACAUUUAUUCAUUCAAGAGUAUACAUCAUGUUCUAUAAGUUUAUUUAGGUUUGCUCACAUACAGUUACACAGAUCAUACAUAGCAGUUACAUAUUUACAUCGAUUAUCUUACAUAGCAUGUGUGUAGAGAACCUAGGAUAACUCGAAAAAGUGAGUGACACUUCCAUUGUAUUUCUAUGUUUGUAUUAUUUAUUAUGAGCUCUUUCUUGAAUUCUAUCAUGGUUUCUCACCUUCUUUACCAAACCGCUGGCACUCUGUACUUUCUUUGACUCCAUGAUAGCUUAUUUCACAGUUGCAAUCAACAAAAAACACAAGAAACAAUGGAUGAAGCCGCAAAGUAUUCCUAAUCCAACGAGAGAGACGUGCAGACUGAGUGUGAUAUGCGUGAUGAAGAGCGUUAAAAUUUUGCUGAUAAGUGCUAGAUUUCUGCGAUGACCUAUUACUGGGGUUCCACUAUAUAUAUACACAUUAUAAAUGUGUGUAAAAUAUAUAUAUGUACAUUGCCUGCACCUUAACCCUUAAACUGUCCAUGCGUAGUGCUCCAAAAGUAGAUAUACAGUGGACCCCCGGUUCACGAUAUUAAUCUGUUCCUGAGAGCUCACCAUAAACCAAAAUUAUCGGAAAGCGAAUCAAUUUUCCCCAUAAGAAAUAAUGUAAAUCAAAUUAAUCCGUGCAAGACACCCAAAAGUAUGAAAAAAAAACUUUUACCACAUGGAAAUAUUAAGUUUAAUGCAAUAACAAUAAUAAUAAUAGAAUAAACACAAUAGAAUAAUUGACACUUACCUUUAAUGAAGAUCUGGUGAUGAUUGAUGGGAUGGGAGGAGGGGAGAGUGUCGAAAUUUUUAAUGUUUAGAAGGGGAAUCCCCCUCCAUUAGGACUUGAGGUAGCAAGUCCUUUUCUGGGGUUACUUCCCUUCUUCUUUUAAUGCCACUAGGACCAGCUUGAGAGUCACUGGACCUCUGUCGCACAACAAAUCUGUCCAUAGAGCUCUGUACCUCCCGUUCCUUUAUGAUUUGUCUAAAAUGGGCCACAACAUUGUCAUUGUAAUAGUCACCAGCAUGGCUUGCAAUAGCUGUGUUAGGGUGAUUUUCAUCAAAAAAGGUUUGCACACAUUUCCUUAAUUUCAGUAGUCAUUAGCACCCUUGGUCUCGAUGGGUUGGCACUAGAAGCUUUCUUGGGGCCCAUGGUGACUUAUUUUGCAGAAAAAAGCACCAAAAACAGUGAUAAUAUGGAUAAUAUAGAAUGUAUCCUUAGAUGCGCGCACACUGGCUGGCUUGUAAACACUGGACACGUCUCGUACGAAUCUUAUCGCAUACCGGGUUUUGUAACAGGAACCGAGGCAAAUUUUCUGCGAUAUAAUGCACCGGUUACUGGAUACCGAUAGCAUCGUGAACCAGGGGCCCACUGUACUUUUUUUUUUUUUUUACAUAUUUUCAAAUGUUGAAAAAACGUAGAUCUAGGUUUGGACAGUUCAAGGAUUAAAGGAGGGGUUUGGGAUAUUUAAACUGUCGUAUCUAAGCGCCUCUACAAAGACUUGAUUCUGUGAGUGAUGGUGAAGAAUUGAAUGACUUAAGUUUUUUUUUCUUUUUGGAUCACCCUGCCUCGGUGGGAAACAGCCGAAGUGUUUAAAAAAAAAAAAUAUAUAUAAUGCUCUAUAACCAACAUGGAGACUGAAACACA